AUGUCUAAUCCCACCAUCUCUGCCACUAUGUCGGCAGACUCCAUGUCCGACGAAAUGCACCUAGACCUGACCGAUAUCGCUACCAUUUUUGAGUAUGCCACCUCCCGCCUGUCAGCAAUUCGGACACAGCUGGAGUCUAGCAGGCUCAAGUUGCCACAGAAGACACACCGGAUCAUCGGCCAAUACCUGAACUGGGAAGGAGAGUCCUUCACUUUGCCUUGGAUAUCCUUUUGUGCCAGGCUCUCAAUCAGCCUGCUGCUUUCGAGGAAUCUCUGCUUCUUCGUCGGCCUCCUCACCAAUUUCGAGGAAGUGUAUGACAGCUUCAUGACUCUGCUGGCGGCGCCGGCCGGACCCUGGCAAAAAGGUCGCCUGGCCAGGACUUAUUGGAUGCCAUGGUGGAUCAAUGUGCCUGACGUCAUAGCUGACGAGGCUGCCCUCCACAAAUAUCCAAACUGUGUGGAGGUGCAGGAAAUUAUCGCUGAACAUUUUAAACAAUUGCCCAAAGGGAAAAUCCUAAUCAUGCCAGCCAUGGUGGCCGAUGCAAUGGUCACGCCAGUUGCACAACUGUCCAGCAUCCAUGCCAAGGUACUUCACGAAGGCCAACUGAUUGUGAAGUUGCUUGAAGACAAAGUAGUGGAGGCAAAAAUGGUGGCCGCUACAAUGCUUCGAAUGGACACCGCACUUGGGCAGGAUGUAGUAAACGCCAUCGCCACAACCGAAAAAUUAACCAAGUAUUUGAAAAGGGAGGUGGCACAAUGA